CAAUACAACUGAACCAGAACCAGAACCAGAACUGAACCAGACCAGAACCAGAACCAGAACCAGAACCAGAACUGAACCAGACCAGAACCAGAACCUUGACCUGACCAGACCGGCACCAGCCAUGAUCAGAGCCGUCCUCCUGCUGUCCCUCUGUCUGAGCGUCUCCUCUCAGCCAAUCACAGACAGCCAGCGUUUGUUCUCCAUCGCGGUCAGCAGAGUCCAGCACCUGCACCUGCUGGGACAGAGACUCCUGUCCGACUUCGAGAGCUCCCUGCAGAUGGAGGAGCAGCGGCAGCUGAACAAGAUCUUCCUGCAGGAUUUCUGCAACUCUGAUUACAUCAUCAGCCCCAUCGACAAGCACGAGACGCAGCGCAGCUCCGUGCUGAAGCUGCUGUCCAUCUCCUACCGCCUGGUGGAGUCCUGGGAGGUUCCCGGCCACUCCCUCCCCGGAGGAUCCUCCCCCAGGAACCAGAUCUCCCCCAAGCUGUCGGAGCUGAAGACGGGGAUCCUGCUGCUGAUCCGGGCCAAUCAGGACGCGGCGGAGAUGUUCGGCGACGCCGCAGCGCUGCAGCUGGCGCCGUACGGGAACUACUACCAGGGACUGGGAAGCGACGAGUCGGUGAGGCGAGCCUACGAGCUGCUGGCCUGCUUCAAGAAGGACAUGCACAAGGUGGAGACCUACCUGACCGUCGCCAAGUGCCGACUCUCUCCGGAAGCUAACUGCACUCUGUAGCCCCGAUUUAGCAUGAACUAAGUUAGCUAAAGGUGUCUGACAUCACUGCUGACAUCACUGGUGACAUCACUGCUGACAUCACUGAUGACAUCACUGCUGACAGGUGUGUGAUGUCACACUUGCAGAAGUCAAAUAAA